AUCGCUCCCCGCUUCUCCAGCUAAAACUACUCACCCCUCCUUCCUUUGCCUCCUCACAACAACACCAUCUACCGAGUCACGACUCACUGAGUCGUUUCAUAAUGGGAAACUGCAAAUCCUCCGAUUCAACUCAGGUCGCCACGGCCAAACUCGUCCUGCACGACGGAAGGUUACAGGAGUUUUCAUACCCAGUCAAGGUUUCCUACUUGAUGCAGGCGUACCCAGCAUGCUUCAUAUGCAACUCCGACGAGCUUGGCUUCGACGACGUUGUCACCGCCGUUGAUGAGAACCAGGUGUUGCAGCCUGGCCAGCUUUAUUUCGCUCUUCCGUUGAGCUGGUUGCGGCAUCCUUUGCAGGCUCACGAGAUGGCUGCAUUGGCCGUUAAGGCCAGCUCCGCGCUCAUGAAAAGCGCCGCCUCUGAUAAAUACGGUUACCGCCGGAAGCAGGUUAUGUUCUCCGGUGAAUGUGACGUUAAGCGUGAGUCUCCGGUGGAUGGUUCAGGCGGCGGUACUGUGCAUAGGUCGAGAAGAGUAAGGACCCGUGGCGGUAGUGCUGGUGGUGGGCAGUUUUCGGCGUUGAUGUUGAGUUCGAUACCGGAGUAGGGGUAGUUUCGGAAGUAAUGUUAGACGGUGAAUUUUUGUUGUAAAUAGAUUUUUUUUAAAACAAAAAUAUAAGAUUUUGAUGACUA